AUGCAUCCUCAGGAAGAAGGAAGACCUGCCCUGUGCAGACUGAGGUGUCCCAGGCUAACACACUGCCUCCUGUUCCCAGGGCCCCUGGCUGAGGCACCAGAUGGAAAGGAUCCUGAAGAGGGGAACAUCCGUAACCUGGUGUAUCCCAGAGGGGCACGGAAUGGAGCAGGACACCGGCAGAAUGGCUGGCGAAAGUACCGGCGGCCAAGACCUCGUCUCUCCCACAAGGGCCCCAUGCCUUUCUAACACAGGGUUGCUGCUGCCUCCCCCUACCCCCCUGAGGCCCAUCCCAGUUGUCCUCUCUGCUUCUUAGACUGGUUUGCUUGUCUUGGAGCCCUGAGUAUGGGAACUUCAACCUGCUGAUGUGUGCAGUCCUCUCCUGAUUGCCAGUUUGCCCAUGUAGCUGUUCUACCUGGAGUUGUCAGCACCAUGAAACUCUGCCCCCUACUCCCACCUGCCUCAAAUGCAUAUAUGUGAGCUGCUUGAUGGGGCAGCCAUUCCUGUCUCCUCUGAAGAUUCAUCGCCCAGGUAGUACAGCAGGGGGACAUCUCUCUCUUUCCCCUGCUGCUUGCUGGGGAGGUUCCCUGUCUUGUUCAGACCCCUGCAAGGGAGCACCACCCUAUGGUCCUGAUUAUGUACGCCCUUAUAGCCUCUUCUUAAAAGGCUGCCCUUGCUUCUGUGCCUUGCUCUUUAGUCUGACAGAGGCUUGGGUGGAGGAGCCUGCAACUGCAUUGGGGAUGGCUUCAUUGCUGCAGCUCUGAAGGUAGCUCAUAGUAGGGGUGGGGGUUCUGGCUGACAGGAGAAGGCCUUUGAGGCUGAGGAGCAUUUCCAUCCAGUGGAGAAACACCUUAUGGGUUUCAAGGAACGGCUUUUUGUUCCAUCCUGACUGCGCUGUACACACUUGUCCAAAUGUGCUGUCAAGUAACUGUUCAGCUUGUUGGGUCUAUUUAUUCUUAUAGUGCUACACAAGCACCGGUGUCAUUGAAAGCCCCCUUCCCCCCCCCCC